GCCUCAGCGGAAGCCUCUGCACUGGGCGGAAGCGGUGGGUAGUGGCUGUGCAUGGCGGAGGGUGGCUCGGAGCCUGGGGAUGACGGCCCCGGCCCCGGCCCCGGCCCCGGCCCCGGCCCCGGCCCCGGCCCCGGGCUGGCCCUGGUCGAAGGCAGUACCGGCCGCGCCGGCCGCGUCGGGGACCCCGGUGACCUAGUGGCUCUGGCCCAGAAGGUGCAGCAGGCCAAUGACUUUGUCCGAGCAAAUGCCUGCAGCAAACUGACAGUCAUCGCUGAGCAGAUCCGGCACCUGCAGGAGCAGGCGCGGAAGGUCUUAGAUGAAGCUAACAGGGAUGCUGACCUGAACCACGUGGCCUGCAACCUUGUGAAGAAGCCAGGAAAUGUUUACUACAUGUACAGGCGGGAGAGUGGGCAGCGGUAUUUCUCCAUCCUGUCUCCUCAGGAAUGGGGUACCACUCCCCAUGAAUUUCUUGGUGCCUAUAAGCUCCAGCAUGACAUGUCCUGGACUCCGUUUGAGGACAUAGAGAGACGAGAUGCUGAAAUAACUGUCCUGGAGAAGCUGCUGAACCAGCAGGCAGCACUGCCCCUGUGCAUGGAGCCCAACUUCCAGGGCCUGACCAAGUCACACAAGUGACCACACAGGACCCCCUGAGCAGAGUCCCUGAGUGAGGGGACACAGUGCCUGUGUGCUGCCAAAGGCAAGGUGGAAAGAGACCAAGAAACAAAAAUGCUGAUUGUUUUUGUGCUUUAAGGAGACUAAUUCUGCAUUCAGUCUUACUGGAUUUUCUAGUAAUUGAAUAAUUUACUUCAUUGACCUAUGCCAAUCUGUAGCAAGAGGCAGGUGAUACCAAGAGGUGUGAGUUCCAAGAGUGCUUGGAGCAAAAAGCAGAAAUGCUUAGGGCAGAUGUGCUAAUGCUGUAAAAUAAUAUCUCCUAUCUGCCUGGCUCUGGUGUACCUCACUGUGAGUGUGUCAGGUAAUGAUCUCAAGGCUGGAUUUUCCCCCUUAUUAAAAUCCAUAUGUUUAAAGAGA